CAUGAGCAAAUGGAUGAUACUUCAGCUUUGGAUUAUAAAGAAGGGAAAGACAUCCAAGGGAUACCCUGGGAAAGAUUGAACUACAGUAGGGAACAGUACCGCAAGAUGAGGCUGAAAGAAUACAAGAACUAUCAGAACCUCACUAGGUCACGCAGAGGACUAGAGCAGGAAUGCAAACAAGUGGAGAGAAAGGAUACUUUCUUUGAUUUCCAGUCCAGUACAAGAGCUGUCAAAUCGACGAUAGUCCAUUUCCAGGUACAAUUUUACUUGGGACAAUUUGAUUCAAACACUUGCAUGCAUAUCAAACUGACAUCGGGUGAGGACGUGAAGGUUCCAUUCGAUUAACGCUCAAAUUAUUAUCUUUUCACCUCAAAAUGUUGAGAUCCACACUAACACAAAUAUUCGGCUGCCGUUGCUAAUAGCUAUUUCCACCACAAAAUGACCGUAUCUGCAUUCAUCAAGUGGGGGAGUUGCAGUGUAUACUUGUUAAUUACUUCAGUCUGCAUCAUGCAGCACAGUGAUAUCCACCUAUUGGGUGCUUUGUCUAUAUGAAUCCUGAGAAUUGGUAAAAAGGGCCGAUUGCUUAUAGCCAGUACGGCCUGUAUAGUAAUCUCUUUUUUUUUUGGAGAAAUACAACCAAAUCCCUCUCGCCACAGUUACAUGUUUUGCAUUGGGGGCAGACAAAUAGAAUUACCAAACUGACAUAUCUACAGAAGUGCAAAGUCUAUUGGGAGCUCUUGUUAUACUUUCCUCCCGACAAGUUUACCAGUAAGCAAUAUCAGCUCUAAUUGUGAAAUCACCCCUCUUAAACUUCCUUGUCCGGCAUGUUCGACUACCGAGCAACAACAAAAGCACUUUUUUUCUAAAUUAUUAAUCUAAUUGUCCACGAUAACAUGAAAAUAUUUUAUACUGUCAUCCAUAUCAUCUUACAUGAGUUAUUAAUUUGUAUCAUCCAUCUAUAUUAAAUGCUGCUUCUAUUCGUGUCGCUACAUUCUCUGCAUGAACGUAAUACUGAUUGCAGGUCAUGUAAAGAGUUGGGUUGUACCAUUUGCAAUUGAUCUUGUGAUAUUAGGACGUUUGCAGUACCUUGUUUCAUCAGGUCCAAAAGCAGGCGGAUGAGCAUCCUCAGCAGCUGGAACAUUAACUGCAGGGUUGGAAUAUGCUGAGGAACCUCCUGUGGGCUACUUCGAAGCACGACGUGUACCUGGUGCAGAACUACUCCGUGAUGCACUGGUCUCCCCUGCACCAGAGAGGAACAGAAGUGCUCAAUGUGGCCGGACAAUUGACUCCAACAGAGAAUGUCAAAGGGGCUAGGCGACUGUCGAGGGUUCAGAUCAGCACCAUGGCGCUGAAGGACAACCUCAUGGUGGCCGGUGGCUUCCAGGGAGAACUCAUCUGCAAGUAUGUUGAUAAACCUGGAGUGGCGUUCUGCACGAACCUGACCGGCAACAACAACUCCAUCACGAACGCCGUGGACAUCUACCAGGCGCCAAACGGCGCCACCCGAGUGACGGCCGCUAACAACGACUGCGUCGUCAGGACGUUCGACGCCGAGAGAUACAGCCUCCUCACCCAGUUCACCUUCCCGUGGUCCGUCAAUAACACGUCGGUGAGCCCGGACGACAAGCUGAUGGCCGUCCUGGGCGACAGCGCCGACUGCCUGAUCGCCGACUCGCAGUCCGGCAGGGAGGUGGCGACCCUGCGCGGGCACCUGGACUACUCGUUCGCGUCGGCGUGGCACCCCGACGGGCGCGUCCUGGCCACGGGGAACCAGGACGCGACGUGCCGCCUCUGGGACGCCCGCAACCUGUCGGGGCCGCUCGCCGUGCUCCCGGGCCGGAUCGGCGCCGUCCGGGGGCUCCGGUUCUCCCCCGACGGCCGGUUCCUGGCCGCGGCGGAGGCGGCCGACUUCGUGCACGUGUACGACGCCGCGGCCGGGUACGCCGAGCAGGAGGUGGACCUGUUCGGGGAGGUGGCCGGCGCCGCGUUCAGCCCCGACGGGGAGGCCCUGUUCGUGAGCGUCGCCGACCGGACCUACGGCGGCGUGCUCGAGUUCCGGAGGCGGCGGUCCUACGGGUACCUCGACUCGUGCUUCUUCUGAGGUGCCCGGUCCGUGUGGCGUGCCGGACUGUAGAGUGUGUGUACUGUGUACUGUUGGUAAUUUUUUUUGUAGUGUAUAAAAGCGCAGUGUUUUUGGCGUGCGCGGGUCCUGCCUGACCUGACUGGUGCUGCCUGCAUUUCGCUCUUUUAGAACUGGCGGAGUGACGGGUGCUAUCAGUAGGUUUGUUUGUGUAUGUGGUAAUGUAGACAGGACACCUUAAAACGCGGUGUUUUAGGCACUGUAGUGUUAAAGAAUUGCUAAUCUGUGGGGUUUCUUUGAAAGAAGAGUAAAUCUGUGGGGUUUGCUCAAUGCAAGAGAGCUUAUUUGAUA